AUGCAGGGGAUAGAGGGGUUGCUAGUAAAGGGUAUGAUUACUCGAGGGCAGGCACAGGCCACGGAGGGGCGGCCCUUGGGAGCACCGAGUGCAGACUUCCUGGCGCUGUGCCACGCUCAGCUGGACGUGAUGGGGACUGCGCUGCGCUGCUGCGGCGCACAGCCCACGCGAAUUACACUCUACCUUCGUACGCCAGAGAGCUUCCUCUCCGGGCAGAUUGAAUUGUUCCGAGUGAAAGAGGUGAUAUCACUGGAGAGCGAGGGGGCGCUGGUGGUGGCACUAACAAAAGACUCCUUCCUGCUCGGUCUGCUAGUGCUGCAUCGCCAGUUGCCGCCAACGCCACCCUCAGCUGCACCAGCAGAACCAGUCACUGAGGAGGAGGACGAGCGAUGGCAGGAGUCGGGUGCAGGUGGCGCAAUGAGAGACAGCCCAUGGGGGGGCAGAAACGGGGGCGUAGGAGCUCGAAGUUCAGAUGAAGGAGGAGCAGGAGCAGGAGGAGGGGGAGGAAGGAGAGGUGGGAGAGGAGGAAGGUCAGAAAGAGGAGUUGGGGCAGUGGGUAGACUGCAGCAGUGGGUGUUGAGACGACCAGAGAGGAGGGGAGAGGGUGAGAUAGGGAGAAGGGGAGUGCGGGAGGAUGAAGUGGAGAGUACGGAAAGCAAGAGGAGGGUUCAGAGUGAGGGGGGAGGCUGGCAAGAGCAAGGAGAGGGAACGAGGGAGCGGGGGAGUGGGGAGGUGGGUGGGGAACAGGCGAACGGAGGGCAGGAAGGGGGAGCGGAAGUGGAAUGGGUACAGUUGAAGCCAUAUGAGGACGAGGAGCAGCGAGCAGCAGUGGGCGUGUCUCGCUCCCUUGCUUUUGCUUAUGUCAUGGAACAGUUCCUCCAGAGUGUAGUUUUGAGCCGCCUCAAAACUGGUGUGUGUGAGAGAGCUAUGCUGCUGUUAGGCUCCCUACUUAUGCUCAUUUCUCCUCUCCUGGUUAUGACUCAUGAGAGAGCAACGCUGUUGCACCCGUUUCUCGUCGCUGUGCUGAUGCGACUUUUGAGAAUUCUCAAAUGCCAAAUGUUCCGUUACCAUGAUGUCAUGCCACUCGUUCUGAGGGCGUGGAUGAUGCAGCAGUCGCUGUGGCAGCGCACAGUCACCAUAGACUCACUGCUGGACCAGAUGCGCGCUCCCCUCUCUGCUCUCCGCACGCUGGGGCGAAUGCUCAUGCCACAAGUGGCAAAGACAGAGCUGGGUCCUGACCUUGUGCAAGGCAUGGUGUCUCAGGGUGACGAGAUAGGCGAUGUGCUGUCGCAGCUGCAGCAGGCGCUCUACCCCCUGCCACACCCCCCUGGUACACCACCAGCUACAGCAGCAGCAGCAACAGAGGGGACUUUGGGGACUGUGGGGCGUGGAAUAGCACAACCCUUUCCCACCACCACCAGCACCACUGCUGCUACCACCGCCAUCCCACGCCAAUCUAUCCUGCCACCUCCCCCUCCUCACCGCACUCAACUCCUCCUCCCUCCUCUGGCUGACACUGAACUCCCCAUGCCGCCUCUUCUUUUGCCCGCCCCCAUUGCCGCUGACCCUGCUGCCCUGCCUCAUGCCCCGCCUACUCCCCUCGCUGCUGCCACUCCUGCCAACCCGCAAGCCUUGGGGUCACAGUCUGCUGCGUUGGCCCCGCCUCAAGAGGCCAGUUCACAGCAGCUUGUCCUCAGCUCCCACGCAACCUGUAGCGUGCACCGGGUGCUGCUGCCUCUUCUAGACGCCGCUGCCUCCCUCGCCACUGCCUGCGAGAUCCACUUCACCGUCAGCUAUGGCUCCUCCAAUCCGAGGUCAGGCACUGGACCUGCUGUAGGUGCACCUGCCGAACCUGCUGCCGAGCCUGCUACUUCCCUUCCUGCAACUGCUGCUUUGGGUCUGGUGCCUACAGGGAGGGAGAACUGGGUUGGUAAUGAGGAGAACUGGGAGAACUGGAUUGGGAAAGAGGAGAAAGGGGAGGCGGAAUUGGGGUUCACGGGAUCGAGAAGCUUGGAUGAGGAGUUGAGAGGAAAUGGUGAUGAACAGGGUGGUUUGAGUGGGGCCGUUGAUGGGGAUGGACGGUUGAGAUGGAGUGGUGGGAGUGAUGCAGAUGCAGGGCUAGGGAGAGAAGAUUAUGCGAGUGGGAUGGAGGAUGAUGAUGAUGCGGUUUAUGAGGCAAUGCUUGAGAGAUACGUGGUGGAGGGCGGUGGCUGGGUGCACGUGCACUGGCAGCGGGCGCCGGGGGGAGGCGUGCUGCUGCUGGUGGAAGACAGCGGCGUGGGCGUGCACUACCUGUCUGCCAGCAUGGCCGCCUCCACUCAAAACCUGCCACCUGGCAAGCUGGCGCGGGCUGCUGAUGCGUUGGCAUCAAUGGAGGUGGCGAGGGGCGUGGCAGAGGUGGUGGGGGCAGUGAUGCGCGUGCAGUCGCCGCACCUCGUCAACGCCCCCUGUGGCUACGGCGGGACGCGAGUGGAGCUCUGGUUAGCACCUGCGCCGGUGUCCAUACAGCAGUAG